AGAUUUUAUAUGAGAAUACGGUUUCUUUCCUCCGGAUCUGUGCUGUCAUUGGAUCAAAUAUAUCCAAAACUAUACCGAUGGUUACAACACUACCUCUUGGAGAAUACGCAUUAAUAACUCGAACUCAGUCUGGACAAAAUGUAGAUUUCGACUUUGAUCUUUACGAAGAAAAUGAUUAA